GGGCGCGCAAUCAUCUUGUCACGUAUUUGAUAGGAAAGAUAGUCACUAUACAUAGAUUAGCUAAAAGACGUCCAUCCACCCACCAUGGCGCGCCUCCGCGUCUGGCUACGUGACCAUGUGCUCAACUUCCUGCGCGACCCGCACCCGGAGAAACGCAGCAGUUUCCGAAGAAGCAUCAUGAUCUCAGCACCAGUCCCGCUAGGCUCACUAGCAAUUGAUCUAACCUCGGACCCACUCCCAACAACCUCUCCAUCAGUCCAAGACGGGACAGACCCACACUCACCCCGUCAAUCAAGGCCCAUGGGCGCAGACCACAUCAACCCACAAUCUAUUCCAACAACCAUCAUGGAGCACGAGCAGCCACUCGACCUACCUCCGACUUACCUCCCAGAAAUCUCAGAAGUCUCCGAAGAACCGGAAGCCAUACAACACGCAGAAUCCCCCGCGCGCCGGCCAACGAGGAACUUCAGCCGUCGGUUUUCAAGCCGCUUUAGUGCUUUCUCUGGGCAUUCGGUUAGCUCGUACGGAUCAUCCAACGAGGCAAGGAGAAUGAGCCAGAUGAGUGCGGCUAGUAGUACAAUGAGCAAGCCAGAUGCGCUUGGAGACGAAUGGGUGGGAAAUAAACUGAGUCGGAGGUGGAGUGAUAGGAUGGGUGGGGCGUUGGAAAUGUAUGGGAUGCAUACUAGGAACUUCACUCCGUUGGCGAUUGCUUGAGUUUGGGUUGGUGUGGGCGUGGCAAUCUUUUGGGGGGUUAUGCGUGAGGGUUGGGUUUUCUUAAGAUUAGUGAAUAGCUUUACUUGCGCAAUUGGAGAAUCCCACAGAGAUCCCUCUUUAGUUUUGUUUCAAUAUACUUAUUAUGAGCU